UGCUCGUAUAGACAACGAAGUUUCUUCUUUCAUAUGUUUUCGUCUCUCUCUCUCUCUCUCUCUCUCUUCUAGGGUUUUUGCUCUCCCUUGCUGUAAGUAAGUGGGAAACGCUGCUCUGCGAAAGGUUACGAUUCGAGCUACACCCAGACAUGCCUCGGUAUUACUGUGAUUACUGUGACACCUACUUGACCCACGACUCUCCAUCUGUAAGAAAGCAGCACAAUGCAGGUUACAAGCAUAAGGCAAAUGUUCGGACAUACUAUCAGCAAUUUGAGGAACAACAGACACAAAGCUUGAUCGACCAGAGGAUUAAAGAACAUCUUGGGCAAGCUGCAGCAUUUCAGCAGGUUGGUGCUGCUUUUAAUCAGCAUCUAAUGGGUCAGAGGCCUCGACUUCCUGUUCUCCCUACACCCAUGAUGCCACAGUUACCUGGAAGUUCACCACUACUCCCAGGGAUUAGGCCUCCUGUUUUGCCCAGACCAGUUCCUGGAGCUCCAGGGUAUGCGCCUAUGAUGGCUCCACCUGGUGCUCCUUCCUUACCUGGUCAGUUGAAUGCUAUUCCUAGGCCUCCUGUGAGUGCAACAACGGUUCCUGGAAGCACAGCAGCAACUGCUUCCAAUGGUGCCCCGCCUAUGGCAACACUGCCAUUUUAUCAGGCCAAUCCAGUGGUAUCAACAAGUGGAGGCUAUGAUAGUCUCAAUUCCAAUGCCCAAGCUCCUGAGGCUAACCAUUAGCCUUCACAAACUGGCAAACAAAGCAAGCCAAGAAAUUCUUCUGGUGCAACACCUGUAUUUGGGAUUUAAAAGUCACUUGGUCUCAUGAUUCCACCUUUUUAGUGUACAUUAAGAGCAUGUCGCAUGAAGCUGGAUGUAGAGAAUGGAUGCGGUCUAAUUUUUGUGUACAUUAUAUGCUGUGGAUAUGGAUACAAAUCCUGUGUUUGCCACUGGGAAAGUUCCGCUUGCCUGGAAUUAUAAUCUCAUUUAACUUCUUAUUCCGUGGCAGAGAUUUUUUGCUUGAAAUAUGAAUUUGGAAACAAAUGUACGAGCAAGUAUUAGAUGAAGGAUGGGAUAUAUUUUCUGGCCAA